GUUAAUACUGGUGGGGCAAUUGAAGAGAUGACAAGCGUGGACAGAGCAAAAGUAGAGUCGGCGAAUAAAUCGUUCAAGAGAUGGGGCAGGAGGCACCCGUUCAUCCGGUACGGACUUCCGAUGAUCUCCCUCACCGUGUUCGGCGCCGUCGGCCUCGCCCAUCUCAUCCAAGGCAGCAAAGACAUCGCCAAGUUCAAGGACGACCAGGAAUGGGAGAUCAUCGAGACCCGCAAAGCUCUUUCCAGAACCGGACCUCUAAACGCCUACAACCCCAAGAAGAUUUCACUCGACCAAGAGCUCAAGGCUUUGCACGAGAAGGUGGACAUUAACAACUACGAUUACAAGAGGAUUCCGCGCCCAAAUGAAGAUAAGUCACACUAGUUUGUGUUAGUGUCGGGUUUUUUUUUUGUAAUAGUUGUGUUGGGUUUGUGUAACUGUAAUGGCACUGAUCUCAAUGGAUAUCAGUUUUGACACCACGCUUGAUGUUUGACGAGCUUUUUAUCUC